AUGCAAGCAGUUGGUAAAAAAAUAUUACUACAAAAUCGUUCAGUUGCUCGCAAAGUAAAUAAACCAUUGUUGAUUAACAAGCAUAAUCAGCAACUAGUAGCUACUGAGCCAAUUUCAGGAGAUCUUGUGGGAUUACCUAUCGAAGUUCUGUAUCGGAUUUUCGAUUAUCUUGAUGCUCAGACAAUUUUAUUAUCAUUACAAUACGUCUGCCGACGAUUACGAGAUGUGAGUGAAAAAUAUGAUCGAUAUGCUCUCGACUUUGAAAACAUUUCUAUGGUUCAAAUGUGGCACGUUUGUCGUCUCGUUCGACCAGAAUCGGUUCUAUCUCUCAACUUGUCGGACGGACCAAGUACACCGCAAGGAAUCGAGUUUUUUUUAUCACUUAUCAAUAUUCGUAAAUUCACUCGACUUCGUUCGUUGUCUAUACAUCAAAGUGCAGAUGACAUUUUUCACACGAUAUUAAAAUAUGUUCAUGGUUGUCGCUCAGUAGAAUCUUUUUCAAUUCAUUUUCGACGUGCCUCUCUCUUUGGUCGCCCGGAUUCACCUGACGACGAUUAUCAUGGUCCAUCACUUACACUUCUUGCAUCGGCAAUUGCUAAAUCCAAUUUAAAGACAUUCAAAACAAACCUUCCAAAGUAUCAAAUAGAUUGUCUCCUAUGGCCAAUGAAUCUUACACUUCAACAUCUUACUAUUGGAAAUUGUACUCAAAAACAGUAUUACAUGAUUCUGCAGCGUUCUCCACGUCUAAGAACACUCACUUUGAAUUUUAUUUUUAUAAACAGAAAGAAGACGCUUCUCUUCCAUAUUUCCCAUCCAUUAAGUUCUCUAGCAUUGCUAGAGCAGAAAAGUUCGAUCACUGCUCUUAAACAAAUUUUAUCGUGGACACCCUCUUUGGUAACUCUGAAAAUCAUAGGUACCCAAUCUUUCGAUACUUUCCUAUUAGAAAGCACUCAAUUAGAAACUUUUCUUCACAAUAAUUUCAAUUUGCUAAGUCGUUUCCACAUAUUUAUCCGAUGCUCUAUUGAUGAACAACCAUUCGCCGUGGAUGCUCUAAUGGCUUCAUUUCAAACGCCUUUUUGGACCGAAGACAAACGUUGGUUUUUCACUUGUGAACCAAGACUUCCCGACAAUUGUUUAUUCUAUUCAGCAUCUAUGCGAACGAUGGCUCAUCCUUAUACGUUAUACAUCGGUGGCAAUUCGCGGUCUAAUUUCGAUGAGAUAAAUAGCAAUGCAGAAAUGAUGAAUACGGUGGGUAAAUUACAUUUUGAACCAACAAAAAUGCAGUAUUUCAAUUCAAGAGAGAAGAACAUCACAGGCCAAUCGUUCUAUCCCAAUGUGACUAUUCUUCAUUUGAAAUUUCACGAUAAUUGGCCAUCGGAUGGAAUAGAAUUUGUUUCAAGCUUGAUUGAUAUGUCACGUGUUACAGCACUUGAACUUUACUACGAUAGAAAACUCGAUUCCAUCUCAGAUUCAAUAGUUCAUGUAGGGAAAUUAUUCAAACAAGCAGUUAAUGUUUCUGCUCUAGUCGUAUUUCGAUACAAGUGUCUGUAUGAUAGAUUCAAAUGGGAAAAACUUUGUUCAGUGAUUCCACAUCAUGUUAAACAUCUAAGUAUUUCAGCUAGUGAUCCAGAGGACAUGAAAACUAUUCUGGAUAAUCUAAAACAUCUUUGGAGUAUCAGAUUCCAAUGGCCAACGGGAAUCAUUUCGGAAGAUAAAGGAACUUGCAGUAGAGAAAUCAUCAAUGAUCUCAAGAUGAAGAAACAAAAUUUUAAAUAUCUGCAUGAUGACUUCGAACUACAAAUUUGGCUUAGCAAUGCCUAA